AUGUGCAAAUUCUUACUGUACUUCUCAUUCAGGUCCCAGCACUUUUGUCAAGAGUUCAUUGCUAGACCGUUGAAUGGAGUCGAACUACUUAGCAAAGUGGUUAUUGUUCUGCAAGGUAUUGUCAACUCUAACCAACCACCUCCCUCGAAGAUUUCCAAUCUCCUGUCAAGAAACAAUACGAAUACCAACAGGAAACGAAAAGCUGCAGUUGCUGAGGCCGACUGCAUUGAAUGCUUGAAGAUACUGUUGGAAAAAUCGGACAAUGCCUGGCGCCGAUUUCUAGACUCUACCAGCGGUUUGGAUGCUGUUCUUUUCUCGGUCAACAGCCCACAACUGGACUCGAAGUGUUACGCUCUUGAGAUCCUCUUGCUAUUGCUGGAUCAGCCGCAAGGGUUUGUUAUUUUGAUGAGGGCACUAACGGCGCUUACAGCGAGAAGUCGUGACUACGUUCGGUUUACGUUGUUCGUCGCUCAGCUGAAGCACGGCCUUCAUACUAAUAAACUCCAUAUACAGAUUCUUAUCGUCCGACUAUUCAACAAGAUGUUGGCCACUGCACCGUCUUCGUUACAUCGUUCCCUUGUGCGAGCCGAAAUCACGCUCUCAAAAUUCAGUGUGGAAUACGUUGAAAGUCUCAUCAGCGCUCAACCGGCGCCACUUGGCGGUAUGGAUGUGCUAGUGGAAGAAUUGUCUUUGUGGCGUUCUUCAGGACCGGCGACAAUGCCUGCCUAUGGUGUGGAACAUAACCACAUCUAUGGGUUGUCCGAAACUGAAAGUGACACAGCUCAUAGCGAUCGAGCGCGGCAUGGUCGACCACCUCUGGCCGGCAAAUAUCCGACCGGCAAUACUUCCGUAGCGAAGAAUGUUGAACGACAACGACUUAAAAAGCAGACUGGUAUGGGUUCGAGUGGUCGUUCUUCAGCACCUGGAUAUUAUCCCGAAGUCGAUCGUAAUUCAUCGACUGCAUUCUAUCCUGACCGUAGAUCACUCACCUUGUCAAAUCGUACCUGGCAAGCACAGUCCGAUGCAUCUUACUCUCCACCCUCGUUGAAUCGAUCCGGCUAUAAUACUACCGAAAGGGAAACCUCUGGUGGAAUGCGUCGAGCUAAGAGUGAAAGUGCUAUGAUUGGACCAGAGAGAGGAGAAAGUCCAGGUAGCCUUCCACGUGGUCUCAAGCGAUUCACUCCUCAGGAGCAGCAACUAUACCAUCCCAUUCAGCACUCGAGAGCAAUGUCAAGAAGUGUCCAUGAUCUGUCCACACGCGAAGAGGUUCCGACGACAAAUACGUUGACUCGUCCAAAUUCUGCUCGACCUUCAUCAGCUCGAGCUCAAAGUCGAACUUUGACCAGGAGAGUCUCUUCGCCUCCAUAUUCUCCAACAAGACAUGAUUCAAGACUGCAAGUCGACUCAUCACCACCACGUGCUCGUUAUGCCAGUCCGGCUUCUCCUCGAGCUCGCUUCGCAGAGCCACCGAUUGUUGAAGCGCAAGUGCCUCACGCCGGCUUCAGCUAUUUGUUCCCAUCGCAGCCUGUCGUCGCCAGUGUGGUUCCAAAAAGGGCCAUCACACCGGAUUCGCACUCACAUUCAAGACAGUCCAUAAUGCGAUCGCAGUCACCAUCACGAUUGAUGUCACCUAGUCCAACGUCGCGACCAGAUUACGAGUCAAGGUCCUACGCAGAAAACGGGCAAGUUGUCUACAUUCCCAUUAAUAUGGAUAAUGGUCGACGAGAGAGACCAAGCAGUCGAUACGAUCGAGCUGAUGGUGCGGGGUAUUCGACAGAAACAAGAACAAGCAGCCGAGCAGUACGCAGUCCAAGCAUCAAUGGAGGAAUUGGUGAUGACGUCAGAGAUGCGCUCAGUCAAUUCGAUUAUCUAAACGAGUACGAUAACUCAAGUCUUCGAGGACGUGAACGUGAAGUGUCCUAUCAUUUCUAA